ACGCGGCCCUUCCUCCUCGGCUCCCCCGGGCCGGCCUCCCCCCGCCUUCCUCGCCUGUCCCCUCCCGACCCCUCCCUCUCCGCUGGUUCCCGGCUCCACGCCCGCCUUCCUUGUUCCCACCCACCCGGCCGCCCCGCAGCCAAUAGGGAGGCGAGAAGGGGUUCGGGGCCGCCCGGCAAGGUGCCAGAGCGGGGCCGGGGUUGGGGACAGGGCGGGGGCUGGGGCCCUAGUACCCGGGACCUGCGCCUCGGGCUUCGGGGAGGAGAAGGCGCGGGAGGCUACACCGGAGCUGGAGCCGCAGCCGGAGCCGCUCCUGCCGCCCUCCAGCUGCUGCUCCCCAGGGAGAGGAGCCAACUCCCCGGACGUGCCCGGAAUCCCAGUCAGAAGUUCCAGUUUGCCCCUGUACGCUGAUGCCAUGCCGGCGCCGACUCAGCUGCUUUUCCCCCUGAUCCGUAACUGUGAGCUCGGCCGCAUCUGCGGCACCGCGUGCUACUGCCACCACACGCACCUGUGCUGCUCCCCACCUCCCUUCCCUCUCAGCCGCCUGAGAUACGCUCCCCAGAAGGCCUUCGCCACUGUUUGCCGGCCGAAGGAUCCCUUCUGGCAGUACAGCCAUGCCAGGAGGUACGCCACCACCCCUCAGAGAUUUUACCUCACCCCCCCGCAGGUCAACAGCAUCCUGAAAGCCAACGAGUACAGUUUUAAGGUGCCUGAGUUUGAUGGCAAAAAUCUAAGUUCUGUUCUUGGAUUCGACAGCAAUCAGCUGCCUGCCAAUGCACCCAUCGAGGACCGCAGGAGCGCAGCCACUUGCUUGCAGACGAGGGGGAUGCUCCUGGGAGUGUUUGAUGGCCAUGCAGGGUGUGCCUGCUCUCAGGCCGUCAGCGAAAGGCUUUUUUACUACAUUGCCGUCUCUUUGUUGCCGCAUGAGACUUUGUUAGAGAUUGAGAAUGCGGUGGAGAGCGGCCGAGCCCUCCUUCCCAUCCUGCAGUGGCACAAGCACCCCAAUGAUUAUUUCAGUAGAGAGGCAUCCAAACUCUAUUUCAACAGCUUGAGGACUUAUUGGCAAGAGCUCAUAGACUUGAACACGGGGGAAACCACUGAUGUCAAGGAGGCUUUGAUUAAUGCCUUCAAGAGGCUUGAUAAUGACAUCUCUCUAGAAGCACAAGUAGGGGAUCCCAACUCUUUCCUCAACUACCUAGUGCUUCGAGUGGCCUUCUCGGGGGCCACUGCUUGUGUGGCCCAUGUGGAUGGGGUGGACCUACAUGUGGCCAAUACCGGGGAUAGCCGGGCCAUGCUGGGAGUGCAGGAAGAGGAUGGCUCGUGGUCGGCAAUCACCCUGUCUAAUGACCACAAUGCACAGAAUGAAAGUGAAGUAGAAAGGCUAAAACUAGAGCAUCCUAAGUCGGAAGCCAAAAGUGUCGUGAAGCAGGAUCGGUUACUGGGUUUGCUGAUGCCCUUCCGGGCAUUCGGAGAUGUCAAGUUCAAAUGGAGCAUUGAACUACAGAAGAGAGUGAUAGAAUCAGGCCCAGAUCAGUUGAAUGACAAUGAGUAUACCAAAUUUAUCCCCCCCAAUUAUUAUACCCCUCCAUAUCUCACUGCCGAGCCAGAAGUCAUAUACCACAGGUUAAGGCCACAGGAUAAGUUUCUGGUGCUGGCAACCGACGGUCUGUGGGAGACCAUGCACAGGCAGGAUGUGGUUAAAAUAGUAGGCGAGUACCUCACUGGAGUGCAUCAACAAAGCCCCAUCUCCGUCGGAGGUUACAAGGUAACUCUUGGACAGAUGCAUGGUCUCUUAGCAGAAAGGAGAGCCAAGAUCUCCUCUGCCUUUGAAGAUCAAAAUGCAGCCACCCAUCUCAUUCGUCAUGCAGUUGGCAAUAAUGAGUUUGGGGCUGUGGAUCAUGAGCGCCUCUCCAAGAUGCUCAGUCUUCCUGAAGAACUUGCUCGGAUGUAUAGGGAUGACAUCACAAUUAUUGUUGUCCAGUUUAAUUCUCAUGUGGUGGGAGCAUAUCAAAACCAGGAACAGUGAGUGACUGAAAAUUAAGGCGAUUAGAGGAUGAAAAGAGCAAAUUUGAAGGGUGAAAAGAUUAAAAAAAUAUAUAACUUGAAAAAUCCUUCCAGUGGGUCAGCCCAUCAAAUCAAGCAUUUAUUCAUUUAAAACCCUAACAUGCCGGUAUGUUUCUAGAAUUUGGGAGAAUGUCAGGAAAGGGCUAAUAAGAUGACUUCUCCAAAGGUCUGAAAAAAAAAAUGAUGCCUUAGCUUUGGCCAGACACAGCCUCCAGUUGAUCAGGAAAAAGACACUUGGAGACCUAUUAAGUUCUCUUUAUAAGUGUCUCCAGGGAGGGCAGGCUUAAUUUGACCAGUCUUUUUGAAAUAGCCAUGACCUCAGGAUAGGACCUUGACUAGACAGUGAAAGAAAUUUGUUGGAUCUAUGCUUACUGUAGAAAGGGAACAAAAUAAUGUAUUCAUUUGCACCCUGAUUUUCUUUAAGAAAAAUUUCUGUUCCACCAAUGAGCAAAACUGUUCCUUACCAUUUUUAAUUGCAUACUUCCCCUGUGUGUAUUUAUUUACACAUUAUUCAUAGAAUUGUUUUUAUUUAAAUGGGUUAAGCUAUAAGUUAACAAAAUUCAAGCAAUUCAAAUUUAUUCAACCUGUUUGGUUUAUAACAUUUAAUUUAAUUGAAAUGCUUUUGGAAAAAAUAUAACCAAUUUUUGGCCCCUUUCUGUCCCACCUGCCUCCCACCACCCCAAUAUCAACUUCCUAAUAGAAUUGAAACAUAGCUACUCUUACAGUAGUUUAAAAAAAAAAAAAACUUUUUGGAUCUCUUUCAUUUGUUACUGUUAAUAAACAAGAAAAAAAAAAAACUGCGUUUCACUUUUUUGAUGUGAAAAGCCUUAGUUGAGCUGCUUAAAUGAAUAAGAGGCUCCUUUUCAACUCCUAUGAAAGGUGUUUUUUUAGAUUGAGAAAGGGGAAAACUGACAUCCUCAAGAGCUUUAAGGCCCUUUCCUAGUUUAUCUUAUGUCAGUGUUACUUAUUAAGUGAUCUCCAGUGAUGGUUUGCUAUCAGUGUGAAUAGGUUUUGUUUGUUUGUUUACCACAAGAUCACCAUUUCUUAAUUUUGGUGCUUCUCCAAAAAAUAUUCAUCAGUUUUGUAUUUCAUAUAUGCCAUAUAUAUAUGACAAGUUACAAAAGGUCAAGUGGGGAAGGGAACAUUUCAUUAUCAACAGAUGGAAGAGAAAGGGAAGAAAGUAUCUUGCUUUCCUCAGCUUCUUCCUAUCGCCCCAGAAAACAUAGGUCAAAAUGUAAAUGUCCUUGGUUUAAAUGUUGCUAAAUGAUUUAUACAUAAUAUGGUUUUUCAAUAGGAAUGCAAAGAAAGAGACAACACCUAAGGAAGAUAAUUACUGUGAUAUUGAUCACAGCAUUGUCUGUCACUUCCAUUUUCUAUACCUAUGUCCCUAUGUGAUUUCAUUUCUGCUGACCAUAAAGGAAAGGAAUAUAAUUGUAAUGGAGAGAAAUAUAUUAGUGGUGGCACUUUGGAGCUUAUUUAAUAUGUAUCAUUGGACAUUUCACUACUGGAUUUAAUUGUGAACUGUGGAUUUAUUUUUUCCACUUAAUCUAGUGUCAAUUAAAAGACUAGCUAUGAUUAUAUUUAAUUUGUGGGUAGAUUUUGGAUAUAAACUGUUCUCAGCUUUCCAACAUGCAAUUUAAUUGAGGAUAUUUGAUUUUAGAAGAAAAAUUGGACCAGAUGUGCAAGGAUUCCUUUCUGGGCUUUGACCUGUCAGGCAACUUGUGGAUUGCUAAAUUUGAUUUUUGUUAGACUCACCCAGAAAGCUAGUAGCACAGAAUAAUUUGCUAUUUGAUUUCUGGAUAUAGUACGCAUAUUUAGAAUUCAGUGGUAUAAAAAAGAAAAUCACUACUACAUUAUGUACUGUAGGAAUGGAGUUACAUCAAUUGCUCUGAAUAAAACCACUGAAUAGUAAAAUCUCUCAACAUUUGUAUAUAGCCCAAUGCUAUGUAAAUUUGGCUUUCCUUUGUCCUAACUAAGAUGCUGGUACUUCCCAACGUUUUAUUAAAAACAGUCACACUGGUCUUCGAUUUGAAAGCUCAGUUCAUUUUCCCAUAGAAGAUGCAAACCACAGUUUAGAUUUUGACAACUUUAGAAAUGAGAUAAAUUGGGUGUAAUUGCAGUUAACACCAUCCAAAACAGUUGUAAUCUUAUUGUAAUGUGUUGCCUCUGUGUUAUUCUUUAUGCAGAACUAAAAUUUCCGUAUAGAUAAAAAGGCUUGUAUCUUUCCUGUUGCCCUGUCUUAUGUGUAAAGUACAGAAUGUAUGUAAGCUGUUAAAGUAUUUAGCCUUUCUUAAAUUUUUCUACCAUUUAAACUUUCUAGCAGGAUAUGCACUUAACUACUGUAUUUAUAUCUAAUCAGUGGUUGAUUAUAGUAUUUAUAUUAAAAAAAGUCCUUAAUGAGUGAAAAAGGGAUCCUGGUACUAUAGCAGUACUCAAUAGGAAAACAACUUUGUUUCAUAAUAAAGUAUAUAACUGUACAGGGAUAUAUUCAAGUGUUUAUGACUUGGAGAAAUGUUGUUAGAAUGUCUGGAGUGAAUUAAAGCAUUAUAACUGCUUUCCAAA